GGAGAGAAGAGGAAAAAGAAAAGAGCGAAGACGGGACCUGAAAGAAAUUUAGCCUCGCGGUCUUGGCGCCACUCCGACUGAAAAAGCGGAAUAAAGCGGCGAAAUCAUUUUUCCACAUACGUUUUAAUCAGAUGUGCGUCUAGCUGCGGCUCCUCUGUGUGUCUCACAGCCGCGGGUCGGUGCUGUAGUUAGCCAGCUAGCCUCGUUAGCUCACUCUCUAUCUAUCAUUGUCAUAUUAAUCUGGCUGCCUUCUCUCGCUGUCUGCAGUCACCAUCGUACUAAUAACUCAGCAACUGUGAGGCUGAUCGAUAACACACGGCCGCAGAAAUGGGGAGGAAGUCCAACCGAGCGAAGGAGAAGAAAGCCCGGCGUCAGGAGGAGAGGGCGGCUAUGGACGCCGUCUGCGCCAAGGUGGACGCUGCCAAUAAGCUUGAUGACCCACUGGCUGCCUUCCCAGCCUUCAAAAAGUACGACAGAAAUGGGCUGAACCUGCAGAUAGAGUGCAAGAGAGUGACCACCCUCAACCCGCUGUCUGUGGAGUGGGCCUUCGAACUCACCAGAGCCAACAUGCAGACACUGUACGAGCAGAGCGAGUGGGGGUGGAAGGAGAGGGAAAAGAGGGACGAGAUGAACGACGAGAGGGCGUGGUACCUGCUGGCCCGCGACUCCGACUCUGCCCCUGUGGCCUUCUCUCACUUCCGAUUUGACGUCGAGUGCGGGGAGGAGGUACUAUAUUGCUAUGAGGUGCAGUUAGAGAGCAGAGUGAGGAGGAAAGGACUCGGCAAGUUCCUCAUCCAGAUACUACAGCUCAUCGCUAACAGUACACAGAUGAAGAAAGUGAUGCUGACAGUUUUUAAACACAACCACGGGGCUUAUCAGUUCUUCAGAGAAGCUUUACAGUUCGAGAUCGACGAGACCUCGCCGAGCAUGUCCGGUUGCUGUGGCGACGACUGCUCUUACGAGAUCCUGAGCCGGCGGACCAAACACGGCGAGGCCUCGGUGGGACACACCCACGGGGGCGGGCACUGCGGGGGCUGCUGCCACUGAUCGACUGCAGCAACCUCCGCCGAUUGGUUAAAAGCCAGCAACUUUCAUGGCUGUGUGUGAAAGCUUGAGCUGCCUGCUACUUGGCAGGCGUUUUGAGUUUGAAUGGCCGUCUCCGUGGCCGUUAAAAAAAUGAACCAAUGGUGGAAAUGCGCCAUACCUGGUUACAGAUAUUGAUGUUGCAUUAUGGAUUGAGAUUUCUGUGUCUUUUGUGUGUCCCUGCUACAAAAGCAGUAUGCAGUGUGAGCUUUCACACAUAGCUCCUGAUUUUUUUUUUCCUACUUCUUGGUUCGAUGUCCAAGCUAUCUUUUCCCAUCCUCUCAUCCCAAUGAAUUACUAUUAGUGGUUCCCAGUAAAGAACAAGCUAAGCAUUGCUGACAUUUUCUACCACUGCAGUGAACCUCAUCCCACCCCGCUCUCAUCUCCUCAUGUGCUAUACUGCAGUGCUUAACAUGGGUUACUGGCCUGGGGCUGUUUUAUAGAAACUUAGUGUCUCCAGUCAGGGUCUCUUGAGUCUGAGACACAGUUGAUCUGAGGUCGUAAAUUCUUCUAAAUCGAUAAUUCAAUCCUGAACUCAAAUCAUCACGGUUACUAAGCAGAUCAGAUUUAUACUCAGUUUCUGUAAUACAGCUCCUGAUCUCACUCUGAGACUACAAGCUUGUUUCACUGAACCAGGGUCCACGAUUAGGCUGACAGACUCAGUUUUAUGUCCCUUAAAAAACAGUUUGAGUACCCCUGCUGCACCCUAACAUUAUCUGUUAUAAUACAAGUUAUAUGCACAUAUGGCUUGUAGGUUGUUUUUGUAACGAAAGCACUGCAGCUAGCAGCAACUGCACUGUUUUGAACCACGUUGGCUCGUGAUACUACUGUUACAUGAUUACAGUAUAAGCACUACCAAUCUUCUAUUAUAUUCUGUUAUAUUCAGGUGAUGCCUAGGUGUAGACCUCCGCCCUGCUUUUAUUAUAUUUCUUUUACUUACGAGACAAUAUCGCCUUUUUCUUGAUUACGAGUUCUCUUUUUCUCCCCAGUGAAAUUAGUAAAUAACAAUAAAACAAAAUCAUACUUGUCUUAUCAUAUGUGCUGUAAAAUCCGCAUCCAACCCUGGAAAAUAAUUCCAGUACUGUCAACUCGCUUCAGCCUCUACCCGUGUUUCCUUACCAGAGGUACAACUCAGAACAGUUUAUGCUCACUUUUCACUCUUUGUCUUCAUGUUUUCCUCGUUUCCAUGCUUACAGACAGACAUGGGAGAUUUGCCUGCUUCAGUUCUGUAAAAAAGAAAAAAAAGAAAGACAAAACAUCCUUUCCUUUCUCCUCCUCUUCGUGCCUCACUCCUCCCUCCAUGUCCUAAAGACACUGAAUGAUGACACCAGACCCGUUUACGUUACUCUCAACUUCGGUCACCUUUGUAAAUUUUGCAUCACUCCCCGCUUCGUUGUCUUCGUUUCCGAGAGGUACUGAUGAUAAGUCGAUGUUGACGCUAGCUUCAGCUGUAUUUUUCCAAAAAAAACUACUAAAACCACCCUCCAUCCCUCCUCUAUAUUUUGUUAGCAUGAGCAAAUCAUAUUGAUUUAACAGGGAUGAGGACAGGUAGAAGUCACCGCUUCAUUUUGUACAGUGGCGGUCAUUAAUCUUGAAGACGAAUGGAGGAAGGAACACGGAUGGAUUAAUGGUGGAAGUUAUUGCAGAAUACUGGAGUUUUUUUUUUUUUUUUUUUUAAAUGGAUGUUGCUCCUUCCCCCCCGCCCCUUCCUCAGUAAUCACCUGUUUUCCCAGCCCACUGUCAUUAGUUUGCAUGGCGAGAUUUAAAAGUGUUAAAUUAACCUUGUAGUCUAAAUGAAGAUCACACAACAGCGAUGUCGCUUCUGAACCUUAGCUGCACUGUUUUGAACGCGUGUCUAAAAUCCUCACGCCAGUCUGACGCCGUGACUUUGAAAUACUUCACACCAUUGAACAUCAGCGUUACGGUUAAGGAGGAUUUGUGUGACGUUUGAAGUCAUUGCUCUGGUUUGUUACUCUUAAAAGCAUCUUGGAACAAAGUCAGAACUGUCAGAUUUGAGUAAUGGUAAAAAAAAAAAAAAAAAAAGUUUGACAAGAUGCUUUUAGGUCCCGCUGAGGAUUUUAGAGACCACAUUGCUAGUAAAUCUAGGCUGCUGUAACCACUUGGGUCUUGUUGAAUCCAUAUCUGUUUACAAAACCUUCAGGGUAUCUUUAGAGUGCUAGUAGAGUGAGUAAGAUUUUUAGAAACCACCAUAAAACCCUUAAAUCCAGGACUUUAGUCAGUUUGUUCAGAUUUCAUGUGGGCUGGAAGGGUGAAAAGAUCUCUUUACACUACUGUGGAUGUUUUUUUUUCUUCUUAAAAACAGGUCAUAUGAAAGCUUAAUUUGAGAUUUCAAACAGAUAAUAAGACAUCUGGUUAAAGUAUGUGAAACAGGGGCGAUUGAAAUGUGAAGCUGACGGACACUUUGUUUAUUAUGCGAUUUCCUACACGGAAACAAAGAUGUAUUAGCAACAAAAAAAAAACACUUUGAUGCUCCUGGGGUGAAAGUUUCUGAUUGUUGGAGUAAAUACAAAAAAAAAAAAAGAAAGAAGGAAAAUGCACCAGAAGAAGACAUACUGCAUUGUGUUUCAUGCUUGGUUGAACAAUGAUCAUGAACAACAAGAACAAUUAAAUAACAUAUUGCUCGUUUUUAGUUCUAGACUACCUUCUGAUGAGUACAGUAAUUCAUUUUUUACUGCAUAGAGUACAAUAAAAAAAAGAGGAUGUUGUACAUAGUGGUAGUAUAUCAACUGACUGACAGUCUCUCUCUCUCAGGUUAAUCAAACGUAAUCAAACCUCAUCUGUUUUACUUAACAGCCAUGUUGUCAGUUCUGGGUUGGCUGGAUCGGAUUGCUCCACUGUUUGAUCUAGAGUCAGUUUUUGCUUGUGUGUCAUGCCCAUUUUAACUAAAGAAACUGAUUUGAUAAGCCUAAAAAAAAGAAAAAAGUUCAAUUUUUAACAAACAGGAUGCUACUUUUCAGGGGGGACUUGUAAUUUUUGUGAUAAAUUGCAGUAAAAGAAACUGCUGAAAGGCCCCUGAGCUCCUGCACCUGUAAAUUUUUCAUGAAAGUGAAACUUGACACAAAGUGUGAACUGACCCUAGAUCAGCACUCAGUGGUCACAUUCAAUCCAGACAGGUGGGCUGUCUUUAAAGGAGGCUCAUUGAGGUGAAAAUGCUUUUUGUGAAAAAUAUCCUAAGUUGGAAAAUGAGCCUGAACUUAACCAAUUUAUUUUAAGUCAGUGAGUUCUUCUAUUUUAGAAAAUGGUAACAUACCCGCACCAAUCACAGAUCCUUCUCUUGGUCUUUUCUCUCUGUAUAUAUAUAUAAGCUGUUGUGGAUCCAUCUUCAUUUUCAUUUCUAGGCCUUUUACAGGUUAAAAACACUUUUUUAAACAUGAUGUGAAAUUUAAAGAAAACUCCAUGUUUGAGAGUGAGUGUUAGAGUCCUGUCCAUAAACGACAAUGAAAGGGAAAACUAAGUCAU